GACCCACCUCAUUGGGGCAGCCAACUGUGCAGCUGUCAGGAACCAUGACUGAAGAUGACCGAUUCGGUUGUCGUGGAGGGGUAUGCCAGACUCAAAGACGGUAAAAAGUGGAAAACUAGGUGGAUCGUUCUUCGUAAGCCAUCGCCUGUAGCAGAUUGCCUCGUGUUGUUAGUUUUUAAAGACAAGUCGGACAAAGUCGAAGGGAACAAGGAGCGGGCCGGAGUCAUUCUUGAGGAGAUCUGUGGCCUGGAAAGCGGACGGUGGUGCGAAGGCACGUCAUUCACACUGGCCAUUCUCUGUCUGACCCAGACGGUUCUGCUUGGGUUCGACAGCAAGGAGACUCUGCAGGCCUGGGAAGCCCGUUUGCGCUACAGCUUGGGAGAAGUUCACAGGUUCAGCGUCGGAGUCUUGGCAGGAACAAAGUUAGAGAGCGGACCGGCAACCCUUCACUUGUGCAACAACUUGCUCGCUCUUGUCAGAGACUCAUCCCCCGUCGUCCUAGGCCACUGGAACCUUCCGGACCUGCGUCGAUAUGGGCCCGUACCAAAUGGAUUUGUCUUUGAGGGAGGAACACGAUGUGGCUACUGGGCUGGUGUUUUCCUGCUCACAUCUUCCGAAAGCGAGCAGAUAAGCUUCUUAUUCGACUGCAUCGUCCGAGGCGUCUCUCCUACUAGGGGACCUUUUGGCCUGCAGCCCAUCCUGCCAGAUCCAAACACCAGUCAGACCAACUCUGAGGAGAGGCUGAACCAUGAGACACGGGAACUGGAGAAGCGCUUGAGUAUGCUUUCCAAUCGGAACAGCACAGCGUCGUCCAUGUAUUGUGCAUCCCCCGGAGGCGAUGACCGCAGCAUAUCCGGUUCCUCGGACACCUCAGACACCAGCCAAUCCGACUGCAGCGUUUCCAGCCGUUUGGCCAUUUGGACCGAAUCCGGCAGUAACCUCGCUGAUAGCAAUGUUGUUGGCAACAAAGUGGCGAGUGUGGAAAAGCAAUUGGGCAACCAGAACAGCGGGAACGCUUCUGGAAUCAAAGACCCCAGGCAGCUACAGGAAAUCGGUCGCCAGAGCUCCUUAGACAGCGGUAUUGCCACUGGUAGUCAUUCCUCUUACUCUGGAAGUUUCUCCUCAUACACGGGAAGUCUGGACAUUAGCGCUAGUGAGGACUUUGGCUCAGUUUUUUGUCUGCCUCCGCACUUGGCUCAAGACCUCAGCCCUUGUUCGUGCCCCAAUGUUUCAGGACACGAGUACAAAGUACCAACCUCACUCAGGUAUCUGUAUGACACUCCCAGGAGUCUGGGACAGGAUUACUCCAGUUUAUCUAAGGAUUCUCCUGAUCCUGUAACAGAGUCUUUAAAGGGGGGCUCUGAGGGUCACCUCAAAACAGUGAGCUCACUGAGCAGGAAAACAAGGUGGGCACCCUCUAGUGACAGCACGGAGUCCAGCACAACCAAAACCAUUGUGACCAUCUGCUCAGUAUGCGGUGGACUUCAGGGUACGUCCUUCAACCCUGCAAGUGCUGCAGCAAUACCUGCAUUACCGGUUCGCAGGUCAGACAGGACAAGUGAGGGUUCACCACUUGCCAAAAAAGGACUGGAAAAACUAGCAAGCCUUUUAGCUGAGGUCCUUCAUCAUCCCAGAGCACCCAAGAAAUCAAAUCCCAACCGCGGUAACUUAUACGUAGCCAUGAGCCCUGCAUUAAGCCUCAACCCUCCACCACUAUUUGGCUCCCAAGCACCAGCGACUGACGUCAUUUACGAAAACUGUUCCAAGUGCUGUGGUGCUCGUUUCCGCCCGCCACUGCGGGGCACCCCUGCCGAUGUGCACCGCCGCAGCAGAAUCUUCAGUGUGCAGACCUUUCUAACUGGGCUGCACCUAAAGAAAAGCGCAGAAGAAAAAACUUCUGAGACUCUUCAGACCGACGGUCCGAAUGAAGAGACGAACGGUCAGGCAUUGCCCAGUGAAGACAAACGACCCACUGACAGAGGGGAGAAGCACAGAGCUGAUCCUGCCUAUGAGAUCAUGGAGAGCAGAGGAGAUAAAAACUCUGAGGCCGAAGAAAAAAGCAAAUACGAACAGAUGGUUAUCUGCAGUCCGCAAAAGUUGCUCCAAGAGACGGAAGGGACAACGUUAGCGCACCCUCCAGAGACUUCACUCGCCGAAAGGUCUCGCGGUGACGGCGUGACGUACGUUAAUAUUCCAGUGAGUCCGACGUCUAAGAAGCAGCUCAACUACAUGGAGUUGGAUCUGCAGGAACCCGGCACCCGGGGUACUGUGGUACCAACGCCUGGACAGAGGAAGGGUUCAACUAAAUAUGCCCAGAUUGACAUCACUGCCACGGAGACCGCCCACAAGGUGGGUACCCAGCAUGCUCUGGGUCGCCAGGAGGGCCUGCACACCCUGGAGAGGAGAAGGAAGGGGACGCCGCAUUGACCUCAAGGACCAGCCUCCAAAAGCAAAACGCUUCCAUUUACAAGUGUUUUGUUUUCGUAGUCGUAUUUGUACUAUUGUUCCUAAUACGGUGUGCCUACCUAAUCAUUUUUACUAAAAAUAUUUAUCUUAAAUGGUGUUUUUUAUAUCUGUAAAUAAAUUGUAUACAUGAGAUUGAUGUGGAUUGCAAAGUAUAACACCACCAUGCAUGUACAGAAUAUUUAUGGGCAGAAGAGUACAUGGCUGCCAUUUUGAGAAUUGUAAAACAAUGCUAAUUUUGAAUGACACCACUUCUUUAUCCCUAGCGUUUUGUAUCCUUACCUGGAUUCAAAAACAUGCGAGUGAAAAACAUUAAAAUAACUGAAUA